UCUCUGGCUCUGUGCAGAGCUGAGGGGAACAGUAGGACCGCAGACCGACAGGAGGACAGGAGGACGGAGUCCCACACAGAGAGAGGGGCGAUGGCUGCCGGUGCAGCAUGCGGGGAAUCGGUGGAUCAGUACCGGGCCGAGGUGGAGCGUCUCACUGCGGAACUGGCCGAGGCGAACCGGGAGAAGAUCAGGGCUGCUGAGUGCGGGCUGGUCGUCCUGGAGGAGAACCAGGCGCUGAAGCUGAAGUAUGCAGACCUGGAGACCGAGCAGGAGACUCUCAGGAAGGAGUUGGAGCAGUUACAGGAGGCGUUUGGCCAGGCUUACACCAACCAGCGCAAGGUGGCAGAGGACGGGGAGACCAAUGAGGAGACGUUGCUGCAGGAGUCGGCCUGUAAGGAGGCGUACUACAUGGACCGUCUGCUGGAGCUGCAGACGGAGGUGACGCUGAGUCGCUCUGUGGCGUCCAACGCCCAGUCUGAGAACGAGAGGCUUAACGCACUCGUACAGGAGCUGAAAGAGAGUAACGAGAUUGCUUUCCCACAAGUGUGGGCCGCAGCCCCCUGGUGGGCCGCGUGGGUACUGCAGGUGGAGUACGAGGGACUGAAACACGAGAUAAAGGUUUUAGAGGAGGAGACCGUUCUUCUCAACAGCCAGCUGGAGGACGCGCUACGCCUGAAGGACAUUUCUGAGGGUCAGCUGGAGGAGGCUCUGGACGCCCUGAAGAGCGAACGUGAGCAGAAGAACAAUCUGAGGAAGGAGCUGGCCCACCACAUCAGCCUGAGUGACAGCGUCUACGGGGCGGGGGCCCAUCUGGCGCUCACUGUCACCGGGGUCGAAGGUCUCAAGUUCCCGGAGGAGACGAACGGGACCAACGGCACCAACGGCAGCGCAAUCCCUGCUGCUAACAGCAACAAUGAGGACAGCAACCGCCGCAACGGCCACCUCCACGCUGGCACCGGAUUGGCUAAGAUGAACGGGGAGUUUAGAUCAGGCAGGAAAGGAGACGGCCUGCUUCCUGUGCCCGACCUGUUCAGUGAGCUCAACCUGUCGGAGAUGCAGAAGCUCAAACAGCAGCUGCUACAGGUGGAGUGUGAGAAGGCGGCGCUGCUCAUGAACCUGCAGGAGUCCCAGACGCAGCUGCAGCACACGCAGGGCGCCCUGACCGAGCAGAGCGAGCGAGUCCAUCGCCUCACAGAGCGCGUCAACACCAUGAAGUGUCUGAACGGAGACAAAGAGCUUGAUGACCCGCGGGAGAGUGAGAAGCCUGACGGCGGCUCCAUAUCGCCACCAACCAACGGUCACCAUGAUCCUGAUAUCCACGGGUUCGAGAUCCUGGAGUGUAAGUACAAGGUGGCGGUGACGGAGGUGAUCGACCUGAAGGCAGAGCUCAAAGUCCUGAAGGAGAAGUACAACCAGGCUGUGGAGGGUCAGGGAGACGGCCACAGUGACGACAGGGCCCACGCUCUCACUGAGCAGGUAACUCAUUUGGAGCGCAGUUAUCGGGAGAGCAGGGAGAGGGUGGCGAGCCUGGAGGCAGAGCUGCGAGCAGCCACGAGCACGUCCACAGAGAGUCAGGGCAUGCUGAACGCAGCACAGGAUGAGCUGGUCACCUUCAGUGAGGAGCUGGCUCAGCUUUAUCACCACGUCUGUCUGUGCAACAACGAGACACCGAACCGCGUCAUGCUGGACUACUACCGACAGAGUCGCGUCACACGCAACGGCAGCCUGAAGGGCUCAGACGACCCGCGGGCUCUGCUCUCACCUCGCCUGGCGCGUCGUCUCGCAGCAGCGUCCGCAGCCUGCUCCUCCGACUCACCGCGCAGUCCCAUGGACUCCCCAUCCAAAGACGCGCAUCACAGCGAGACAUCGACACACAUGGCAGACUCUUCAUCGUGCCAUAGCAGCCCCACACGUAACCCCCCAGGCUCCCCAUCCAUCAGCAUCUCUCCCUGCCCGUCUCCAGUGCCCUCAGAGGGCGGCGGGGACCUGCGGAAGGAGCCAAUGAACAUCUACAACCUGAACGCCAUCAUCAGGGACCAGAUCAAACACCUGCAGAGGGCUGUAGACCGCUCGCUGCAGCUGUCCAGGCAGAGGGCCGCAGCCAGGGAGCUGGCUCCGAUGCUUGACAAGGACAAAGAGUUGUGCAUGGAGGAGAUCCUCAAACUGAUCUUACUCAGCACCAAGAGGGAGCAGAUAGCCACACUCAGGCUGGUGCUGAAGGCCAACAAACAGACAGCAGAGGUUGCCCUGGCAAACUUGAAAAGUAAGUAUGAGAAUGAAAAGGCAAUGGUGACUGAGACCAUGAUGAAGCUGAGGAACGAGCUGAAGGCUCUGAAAGAAGACGCCGCCACCUUCUCGUCUCUCAGGGCCAUGUUUGCCACAAGAUGUGACGAGUAUGUUACACAGCUGGAUGAGAUGCAGAGGCAGCUGGCGGCGGCAGAGGAUGAGAAAAAGACGUUGAACUCCCUCCUCCGGAUGGCCAUCCAGCAGAAACUGGCCCUGACCCAGCGGCUGGAGGAUCUAGAGUUUGACCACGAGCAGACCUACCGAGGCCGCGGCGCUAAAGUGCCCAAGAUAAAAAGCAGCCCGCCCAAAUUUCUUGUAGAUUGUCAGCAGCCUGCUGCCUCAGUACCGUCACUCUCCCCACAACUAAGGCGAGGGAGAGCCUCCCGAGCCCGCAGUCUUAAAUUAUUGGCAGACCACGCAGUCCUGUCGAGCAGAAGCAGCCUUCUCUCCCCCUGCGACCCUCGUUACUGUCUCACCAAGCAGCCCCAGCCCCCUGGCACCUAACCAUCCCGCUCCAGCCCGGGUCCUGGUCCCAGCCUGGUAGGAGUCCUACAGAGACAGAUACGCUGGCGGGGAGUUCCCUCAGAUAACCUCCCCUUCCCCAGCCUCAAUCCAAUCUGGUGCUUACUGGACUCUGUGACCACACCCCCUCCCUCCCACGGCACGCCUCCUGGUUACCUGGGUCACAGAAGAAGAGCAGGAUGUUCUCUUCUUCUCUGGAAAAAAAAAAAGGACCUGAGGCUCAAACACGCCAGAGUGAUAAAUCAGGGGAAUCUUUUCCCUUAUCGGUAUUAGUAUUUAUUAAUUAUUUAUCUACUCUGUCGCUUAUUUAUUAUAUUCAUUUGUGAAUAUUUUUGAGAUAUUUAUUACAGGAAUGUUUUCUCUUUGUUGUUUGUCAUUUUUAAAGAUGAAACAGAAGACAUUAGGUGUUAAACUGCUGUGAUUACGCCGACUUAAAGCAGUCUUUUCUGCAAAAAAAAAAAAACAGGUUUAAAACUCACCUAACAGUACUACACAAAUCUUAAAAUGUUAGAUUCUGCAAAUAUGAUAAUCAAAAAACAUGUAUGCCAGUUUCCGGAGCAGAGUGAGUACACUGGGUUUGACACUGGAGGUGGGCCCUGAUGGGUGGAUUUCAGCUCCCUUUCUAACGUCAUUCUCUACUCUUUCUUUGAAUGCUUGUGUUUUUUAUACAGAGAUUUUAUUUGCAAAUCAUGUGCUUGAAGACUAUUUUAUACCUCUUAUAAUUUAUUUAUUUUUUACAGCAGACUCUAGUGACAUUGGUGUGUCUGUUUUGUAGCUCGGAUCUCCUCAGAGACCGAGACGGAGACGAGAGGCGGAGUGUGUGAGAUCAGGACUAGGGCUGUUGGCCUGGUUUUUCAUUCUUUCUUUGCCUUUUGAAUUGCACAGGUUUAAGUGACCAUGGAGUGAACUGACCUCCAUCUUUUUAACACUAGCUGAAGGCAGAGGAUUCCCUAAAGGUGUGCCUCUUCUAGUGCUACAGUCCCUGUGAGGAUAACUGUUGUAUUCACAUCCAUAAAGUGUUGUCUCUUAGCGGUCACAGCCCCUGAAAACUGUUAUUAUAGUUUCUCCUGCAGGGACAGAAAUGUGUGAAAAGUGACAUUUCUCAUAUCAAAUGCUUCACCUGUCUGUCACUGUGGAAUCUCCAUGUGUAUCUGCCUCCACAUGCUUCCUCCUAUCAGUAUGCAAUACUGUCCAAGCACAAUUAUGCACUAUGCAUUAAAGCAAUACAUUAGCUCCGGUUUAAGAGUGAUUUAAAAAAUACAUUUACCGUAAUGAAAUCUUUCAACAAUUUCUGUCCCGUUGAACCAACCAGCAGGCUGAUAGCAAAAACAUGUCUCAAUCGUACAGAUACAGACUGUUUUGAUCUGCAGAGGAACGGAGAGCAAAGUCGUGCUGACACGGAUGUAAUGUGUGACGUUUGUUGUUGCAUCAUUAAAGUCCUUCUCUCUGGAUUUAAACCCUCAUUAUGUCUUCGAUGUAAAUGUUCUCCUCGCUGCAAUGAAUUCAAACUUUUAUCCAGAUGGAUCUAAUAGAAAAAGUGAAAACUCCAAAGCCAGUAAAGUGUUGUAGUAAGAGAUCCAAUCAUCUGUGUCUCAUCAGCGAUGGAUGAGUGGACUCGUUUUGUGUCUCUGUGUAGCUACACCUGUGGGAUCUGUGUUCGUUCAAAUUGUCAAUUUUGCAGCUACAGAGUGAUCAAAUAAAAAGAGGAGUCCAAAACAAAAAAAGCUUCUGAACCCUCUGGACACAGGCUCAUUGGUGACCCAGCUCUCCUGAUUUGUGUGCACAAGAGAGACAGAGAGACUAACCCAAUAAAAGAUGAUAGACCACCCUGCAUUAAGAGAAUGGUAGCACUACAGUUUGCUGUACUACAGUGGGUUUCAGUGAACGUUGCUCCUCCAGUUUAAACAGUAAUAAUUGGUUUCAAACGUGAAUAAAAGACCUGCCCUUGGA